AUGGCCGCCCGCGACGCACCCAGACCCAAGAUCGACCGACAAACAACAACACCAUUCCACCUGAAACUCUUCUACCGCUCAAAUGCCUACCACAAUCUAUCCGACUUUACAGUUUCACAACCCUCACCGUCUUCAUUCGGCAGGCCUGUAAGCGGGCCCAACGCCAUCCGCUCGCGCUCUCCUCCCCCGCCACCUGCCCUCCCAGCUCACCUCCAGAUCUACACCUGGCAAUCGUGCACGCUGCGCGAGCUUUCGCAACUUCUCACCUCGGCGUUACCAUCGAUGCUCCCUGAUCCCCCCAUCGGAACAAGAUUAUGCUUCCGACUGAUCUACCCAGACACCAAGGGCGCAGCAAUGAUGGGCCCCGGCGCUCAGGGCAGAUACCUGAGCAAGGAUCUAGGCAGCGUAAUAAUUGGGCCGAGGGAUAGUCCCUACCGCGACAGUAACGAUGAAGAAUCAUCGCGGAACGGCGCGGGUGGUGCGCGGCCAGGACCGUUCCGCCUACAGGGGAACGACGCGGACAAGACGCUGCAGGAGGCGCGCUUCGUGAUUGGGGAUUACGUUGAUUGCGCUAUCUUGCCGCCCCUCGAGGAUGGCUCGGUUGCGCCUCCGAUUAGCGGUGGGAGAGGCCCCAAUGUUGGAGGUGGGAUGAGA